AUGAGGCUCGCGUGGUACGCAGGGGUUUCCACGGCCCUGGCGGCCUCGGUCGUCGUAUCAGCCUUCCACCAACGAGCCAACUUCUAUUCGGCCAUGGUUUACCUCGCGCAGAGCAACUUCUGCUUAUUGGUCCUGGUCAACUUCAUGUACCUCAUCUACGGCACGCUGAUAUACGGCCUGCAACGACUCCUUUAUGGCCCGCUGCGACAAGUAGAAGUCGAACAACUUUCCGAAAAAGCCUGGUUCGCCAUCACCGAAACAUGCCUCGCGAUGACGAUAUUCCGGGAGGAGAUUGGCGCGUGGUUCCUAGUCAUGUUCACCGCACUGGUGACAGGCAAGGUCUGGGGCUGGAUAGGCGAUGGCCGCGUUGAGGUCCUCGAACAACAACCUCCUGCGAACCCCGGCCUCUUCCACACUCGGCUCAGCUUGUCUCUUCUCCUGAGUUUGGUAUACGACACCUGGCUUCUCCGAUAUACUGUCUCUGCAGUCAUCCAACAAGCACGUCCCAACAUGAUGGUCAUGUUCCUCUUCGAAUUCGCCGUUCUCGCAACAUGUUCCGGACGAACUGGAAUCCGCUACUUGGUGUCAGUGAUGGAGCAGAACAUCGUCAAGACGCAAACGAGAUUGCGCCUAGAGGAGCGACGAAGACAAGUUCGCGAGGAGCGCGAGCAACUCAUUCGGCAGCGAGAACAAGACGGUGCGGCCGAGGACCAGCCUGACUUGCCUCGCGAGGAGGAUAUCGAUGAAAUGGACAUUGAGGUUCCGGGAUGGGAGGCAAAGGGUCAGUGGAUUCUGAUCCUUGACCUAAUUGCUGAUUGUGUGAAACUGGCCAUCUAUCUGGUGUUCUUCGGUAUUUUGCUCACAUUCUACGGCCUGCCGAUCCACAUCAUGCGUGACCUUUUCAUGACAGCCAGAUCUGUCAUCAAGAGGGGCUCAGCACUCUGGCGUUACCGCAAGGCCGUCGAGGACAUGAACAAGUACCCCGACGCUACCGAGGAAGAUUUGGGACGGGAGGAUACAUGCAUCAUCUGCCGAGAGGAAAUGCGUCCCUGGGACCCAAGCAACGGGGCCGUGGAGCGUGUGCGACCCAAGAAGCUUCCGUGUGGACACAUUUUACACUUUGGAUGCCUCAAAAGUUGGCUUGAGCGUCAACAAGUCUGUCCAACCUGCCGAAGCCCAGUCGUCAUUACGAAUAACAACAAUGGCGCCGCACCGCAGAACAGGGAAGCGAUGUUCGCUAGAAUUGGUCUCGGCGGUCUCGGAGCUGCUGUCCCACCUGGCCAGCAACCGCCUGCGAACAAUGCACCUGGUGCCGCUCCCGGCGGACAGCCAGCUCAGCAACCACCCCGCAACGGCGCAGCGCGAGUCUUCCAGCUUGGCCCUCUCCGCCUCGGUUUCGCCCAGGGCGAGAAUAUGCAGCAAUUGGCACAGCAAAUGGGCGUCCCCCAGGAGGCUAUCCCGGCACCUUUCGCUCAAGGAGGUGCCGCUGGCCCUUUUACGCCCGCUGCGCAAACGCCAGGUGGUAACAACAUGCCAGCCAUCCGGCAACAAAUCCAACAGCUCGAGCAGAUGAUACAGCGUGAGGUGUCAACUCUUCAGAGCAUGCACCAGGAAUUGCAGACGCUCCAGCUUCUUACAGCAGAACUGAGCCGCAUUCGCCAGCUGCAGCAGCUUACAGAACAGGUGCAAAACGCACCCCAGAACCCUGGACUGACCCCGCCGGUCUUCAAUCUGGGCCAGCCACAACAGAUGCCACUUCCGGCGAUGUCGUUGUCACAAGUGCCCAUCCACCACACCCUGCGUGUAAAUGGCCCAGUGGUGACACGGCAUGGAGCCGCAAACCACUCUAACGCGAUUCCCGCCGGCAGCACUGAGCUUCCCGAAGGCGUCGUGAUCCCUCCUGGGUGGUCACUUCUUCCUCUUCAGCGGAUAGAAGGCGCUCCUGGAUCUCAGCCAUUCCCCGAGAGGCCCUUGUCGGCAUCGGGCGAAUUGGCCCAGCCUUCAGAGGCAUCUGUCCCGCAAGCUCCAGUUGUUGGCGUGACACAGGAAGCCGACUCAACUCACGCCGCUACGAAUGACUUCUCAACGCGCUCGACCACCCAUGAGCAAAGACAGGAAGCAGUCGGCUCCGGCCUCGAUGUCUCCACGAACCAGACAGAUCCACCGCCGGUCCUCGCCCCAAACCCGGUGCUACCCAACUGGGGCGGAGCGAACCAGCUCUUUGGCAACAACGCUCCAUCGGAGACGUCAGUCGAUGAAGCCCCGAGAUACGACGAAGACGCGCCCAGAAGCUCGCCGGAGAAGGCGACCACCACCGCCCCGGCGGUGUCCGAGGGGAAUGCCGAGGAGGAGGGCGGUAGUAGCAGUAAGGGCAAGGCCAAGGCUGUCACGGUCGAGGAAGCCGGUGACGAAGAUGAUUAA